GUGGGUAGCGUCCGGGCACCCGUGGGAGAGGGUAGGGCACAGGCGUGGGACCGAGCGCGCCCUCGAGUCCCUGGCCCGGGCUUCCUGCUUUCCUUUAGCCCGCGUGGGCGCGCUCCGGCAGCCCGGAGACGCCCUCGGGCCGAGGUCCUCGCGGGUGUUCUGUAGUUGCGGUGGCGUGGUCGCACAGAACAGUGUGAGCGUGAACACUGGUGUAGAGUUCUGCAGAAGCAGCGUCCUGCUCUGAGGGCAGCUCGGGGCAGGCUGGACCUCUCAGACCCGUCCUGGUCUGGCACCCCGGUCCGUCAGGAGGGGGCUUCCUUCUGUAGAGGACCCUUCUCGAGACACGAGCGGAAAGGAGAACACGCUUUUAAAUAAUAGUUCUCAGGCACAUAGAUUUUAGCAGCGGAAACGUGUCCAGAGUUAAGAAACACAACAUUGAUUCUUUAAAAAUGACCUUUGCCUUGGUGCCCUGGACGGUGGUCGUGUGUGUGUCCCGCAUUUGAAGAACACUGCUGUGAAUCACUGGUGCAGUGAGGAUACUACGUGAAGUGGGCAAGUGACAGCCUCUCUUGAGUCUCAGCCUCCACUGCUUUAAAAUGGGCGUGCAAAAUGAGUUAUGAUACCUUCAAGGCUUUUCUCAGCGAGACCCCAAGCAGUGUUGGAGGGUAUGGGGUGCUGGAUGCUAGCAGCCCGCAUGGUCCAUGGGCCCAGCCGCCUUCUUCUGCUGCGCGCUUCUCCCAGACUGCUCUCAGUCAGCUGUGCGGACUGCACCAAGCACCAGGAAUCACCCAGGAAGCAGCCACUCUCGGAGAAAAAACUGGUAGAAAAGAAACGGCAUUUUGUGGAUCAUCGCCGAGUGCUCGUCCGAGGGGGACGCGGAGGCAAUGGGGUGAGCUGCUUUCACAGUGAACCCCGGAAGGAGUUUGGAGGCCCUGACGGUGGUGAUGGAGGCAACGGGGGCCAUGUCAUCCUGAGAGUUGACCAGCAGGUCAAGUCUCUGUCCUCUGUCCUGUCGCAGUACCAAGGGUUUGACGGCGAGGACGGCGGCAGGAAGAACUGCUUUGGGCGGAAUGGCGCUGUCCUCUACAUUCGGGUCCCCGUGGGCACUUUGGUGAAGGAGGGAAAUGAAGUCCUGGCUGACCUCUCGCGCCCAGGAGACGAGUUCAUUGCAGCAGUGGGCGGGGCAGGGGGGAAGGGUAACCGCUUCUUCCUGGCUAACGACAACCGUGCACCCACAACUUGCACCCCCGGACAGCCGGGCCAGGAGCGCGUCCUCUUUCUGGAGCUCAAGACGGUGGCACACGCUGGACUGGUUGGGUUCCCCAACGCCGGGAAGUCCUCGCUUCUCCGGGCCAUUUCAAAUGCAAGGCCCGCUGUGGCCUCCUACCCAUUCACGACCCUGAACCCCCACGUGGGGAUUGUUCACUACGAGGACCACCAGCAGAUAGCAGUGGCUGACAUCCCCGGCAUCAUCCGGGGUGCCCACCAAAACCGGGGCCUGGGCCUGGCCUUCCUCAGGCACAUCGAGCGCUGCCCCUUCCUCCUGUUCCUGGUGGACCUUUCAGUUCCAGAGCCCUGGACGCAGCUGGACGACCUGAAGUAUGAGCUGGAGCAAUACGACGAAGGCCUGUCCAAGAGACCCUACGCCGUCGUGGCAAACAAGAUCGACCUCCCGCAGGCCAGGGCCCGGCUGCCCCAGCUGCAGGCCCGUCUGGGCCAGGAGGCCAUCGCCCUGUCGGCAGCCACCGGGGAAAACCUGGAGGAGCUGCUGCUGCGUCUGAAGGAACUGCAUGACCGCCAUGUGGCCACCGAGCUAGAGCACGGCCGCCAGCCGCUGCGGUGGUAGCAGAGGAGGCCACACCUGGCAGGCCAGCUGCAACUGGAGAUGAGGAAGGAGCCCCAGGGAAUUGGGAGGCCUUGGUGCAGGGGCCUUCCUGCCAACCUGGGACUCCCAGCCAACACACCCCCUGCCUUGGGACAGGACCCCUUGGGCAGCGGACGCUCCUGCCCCUGCCAGUCUCUCCCCAGUGCUUCCACACCCGCCUGCGUGUGAGUGACGUGCUGCAAUGGGCUCAUCUGUGUUAAUUGGCCCCUAAUUAUUAAUAGCAGGGAUUACAUGCUGGCUGACGUCACCAGAUGGGACGUGGACAGGAGCCAGCGUCAGCAGCGCUGACUCGCGGGUGGUGGCAGCUGAGGCAGAGGUGGGCCUCUGAUUCCACAGCUGUUGGCACCCUUUCACAGGGAUGCUCCGUCUGCUGCGUGAGGCAGGGGGUGAGGAAGCUUUUGCAGGUGCCCAGCUGUGAAGAAACAGGGCAUCAGUGAGGGUGACGCCCGCUCUGUCAUCCCAGACGGUGCUGUGCUCUGUGGAAGCUGAGCUUCACGACUGAAUGCUCCCAAUAUCCGACCUGGGCCUCAUGGUGGGUUAUUAACUGCAGGCUGCAGGCAGGGUGUCAGCAGCCUGAGCCCCAGGAUGGUCAGGGACAGGUCUGUGUUGCUAGGUGUCACUGGCAGCUUUACCCACACCUCAGGGUCCCCCAACUGCAGAUGCCCUAAUGAAGACAAGCCCACACAUCGAGCAAGGUGUGGGCCCACACAUCGAGCAAGGUGUGGGCCCACACAUCUGUUUCCCCCAGCUAAAGUGUGAUGCCCCUGACGUGUCCCUGAGGGGUGAGGGAGGGGCAGAGGAACAGGCCCUCUAGGAGUUGGCCUCAGGGUCUCAAGGCAUCUGAGCCUCUGGAUCACUCAAACCCACAUCGUUUCUGCAUGAUGGGGGCUGGGCAGACCUCAAACAAUAAGCCAGCGCCUCAGCUUUCAGGAGCAAUUCCAUUCUGAUCUAACAUCAAAUCUGUGACAAGAACAAGAGUUCUUUACCCGAAGCUUUAUUUUAAUGUCUUGUAAUUUCAGAGAUCCUUGUGUUCUGGAAACCAGAGAUGGGUUUUGCAUCUGUUUGUUCUUUCAGGCCACCACAAAGAGUAAAAGCCAGGUCUGAGUAGCAUUUAA